GCUUCAAGUUCACUCGAUUUUCCUCAGCCACCAUAGCUUCUUUUUUUUUCCGUCCGUCGCCGUCUUCAUUUCCGAUCAGAAGUAUACCUUCUCUUUCCGAUCGGAACCCGCUCACUACACCCAUAAGGUGUUGUAAUGGAUCCGACAAAAAGAAAAAACUGCCAAAGAAUGACAAAGAAAAUGAGGAGAGUGGGGAAGUAUGAGGUUGGUCGCACGAUAGGUGAAGGCACCUUUGCUAAGGUUAAGUUUGCGAGGAACUCAGACACUGGAGAAAAUGUAGCCAUCAAAAUUAUGGCUAAGAGUACAAUUCUUAAGCACAGGAUGGUUGAUCAGAUAAAAAGAGAGAUAUCCAUAAUGAAGAUUGUUCGACACCCUAACAUAGUGAGGUUGUAUGAGGUUUUGGCAAGUCCUUCAAAAAUAUAUAUCGUUUUGGAGUUUGUGACAGGAGGAGAGCUCUUUGAUAGAAUUGUUCAUAAUGGGAGGCUUGAAGAAAGUGAGGCACGCAAAUACUUUCAACAGCUUGUAGAUGCUAUUGCUCAUUGUCACUGCAAGGGUGUUUACCACCGUGACUUAAAACCAGAAAAUCUUUUACUCGAUAUUAAUGGAAAUCUCAAGGUUUCGGAUUUCGGUCUCAGUGCAUUGCCUCAGCAAGGAGUAGAACUUCUGCGCACCACAUGUGGAACUCCGAACUAUGUAGCUCCUGAGGUACUUAGUGGCCAAGGUUACGAUGGUUCAGCAGCAGAUAUUUGGUCUUGUGGAGUUAUUCUUUUCGUUAUAAUGGCUGGAUUUUUACCCUUCUCUGAGACAGAUCUUCCAUCAUUGUACAGAAAAAUAAAUGCAGCAGAAUAUUCUUGUCCACCGUGGUUUUCUACAGAAGCGAAGUCUUUGAUACAUAGGAUACUUGACCCCAAUCCCAAAACACGUAUUCAAAUUCAAGGAAUUAGGAAAGACCCUUGGUUCAGAUUACAUUAUGUGCCUACUCGAGCAAAGGAAGAGGAAGAAGUGAAUUUGGAUGAUGUUCGUGCAGUUUUUGAUGGAAUUGAGGGCAGUUAUGUAGCGGAGAAUAUAGAGAGAAAAGAAGAGGGACCCCUGAUGAUGAACGCCUUUGAGAUGAUUACCCUAUCACAAGGCUUAAACUUAUCAGCACUAUUUGACCGGCGACAGGAUUUUGUGAAAAGGCAAACCCGUUUUGUUUCUCGAAGGGCGCCUAGUGUGAUAAUUGCUAAUAUUGAGGCUGUUGCGACCUCAAUGGGUUUUAAGGCUUAUACACGCAACUUCAAGACAAGGCUCGAGGGAUUGUCUUCAAUCAAGGCCGGACCGUUCGCUGUUGUGAUAGAGAUUUACGAGGUGGCACCAUCUCUUUUCAUGGUAGACGUUAGAAAGGCUGCUGGUGAAACUCUUGAAUAUCACAAGUUCUACAAGAAGUUAUGCGCAAAACUGGAAAACAUAAUAUGGAGAGCAUCAGAAGGAAUGCCAAAAUCAGAGCUUUUCAGAACAAUCACGUUUUGAUCGAUCCUCGGCUUCUCAUAUCAGUCUUGUAAGUAAAUGCAUGUGGAGAGUACUAACCAGAGAAGAAGCAAAAGAUAAUCAAGCAGGUGCUCUAAUACUCGAAUAAACUUAUAACACAUGAAAUGGAACUCGAAUAAAGAAUGUAGAUUCUUAUGGUAAAUGCCGUAAAUAAUAUAUUCUUCACGAAGAUCGGAAGAUUUGCUUCUAUUGUAGUA